AUUAUCGGUGCGACACAAGACAGGACAGGUGUAGCCCUGACCAGGCUGUGUGACGGAUUGUCUAUACGGAUUGUCUAACCCUAGCAAUACCGUUUCUUGGAGCUAGGAAAGUGGUGAAUUCAUUCUAUGGUGAAAGUCGGUAGUUUAGUACAGUAGUUACUAGCAACAAUCAUGCCGCUGUGUGAGUUUGUAACGAACAUUCCGGAUAAAGAACUACCGGGGAACCUUCACGUAAAGCUUGGCGAACUGCUUUCAGAGGCUCUUGGGAAGCCACCAGAGAGACUUUCCCUGACUGUUACUGGCGGUGCACGCAUGUGGAGGGCGGGAGAGGAUCCGAUGGCAUCACUCAACAUCUGGUCGUUCGCUGUGUUUGGCGACCCGGCCAAGAACGCGGAGUACUCGCGCGUUCUGAACGACUUUGUCGUCAAAGAACUGGCGAUCCCUGCCGAAAGACUUGUAAUCAUAUUCAAUGAUGUUCCGCCGACAAACGUUGGCUACAAAGGAACCAUCGCAGCACCGGCACCGAAGUAAAGCAUACAGCUAUGCAGGAUAGCAUGGUAGAUGUUAGUAUUGACCACACCCUGAUUCCAUGACCUUGGUGAGAUUAGACACAGCAGGUAACUGCACCAAGCACGUUCUACUGUCGAUCCACUAGUCCAUGAUAUACAAACAUCUAUUGAGCUUGGUAGACUGCUCCUUAGAUACUGUGCAGACAAUCUGCUAGCGUUGUUAGCUAGUUUUAGAAAGCCAUGGAAGUUUUUUUUAUUGGUAUAGUGUAUAGAAGGUAACCAUUCCUUUGUUGUUAGCGAUACUGGUGCUUAUACUUAUAGUAGACCUGGGGUUGAAUUAGAAGAACUGCACGUAUCUGCAGUUCUACCAAUAAAUAUGUGAUCCUAGUUUUUAGCUGUUAUAAUACUGUGCAUGAUUAUACCUGGUCAUGCAUCCAAUCAUUGCUCAACGUGCAUAACCCACUCACACUCGAAUUUUACUUUUGCUCAUGUUAGUCAUUGGUUAUGGUGAAAUAUGAUGACUAGUUACUGUUAUAAUAUAAAAUAGUUUAUCAAACA